AUGGCUACAAACGCCGAUUUCAAAGGACUAUACAACAUUAUUGCUGCUACUAUUAUGGUAUGCAGAGUUGCCGAAGAUAUCUCGAACCUUCCACAAUUGUACCGCGAUAUAUAUGCACGUCUUCCCAUGAUCCAGGAUCUUCUAGAAGGGGCAAUUACAGCUGUAGAGAGAGAAGGAGAGUGCUCUGCAUCCCCAUCACGCCAAGCAUUGACCGAAAUGCUGGAAAACUGUUCGCAAAAGGCACUCUGCCUCAAGACGAUUCUAGAAGACGUUAUACAAGUUUCAAACAGCGCAUCAUUUAUGGGAAAUCUCACCUACGCAACUAAGAAUGUCCAAUAUGGUCGCAAGGUCAACAAGCUAUUUGACACCAUCCUGUCCGACGUUCAAUUUCUGGCAGCUUAUUACUCGAUCAAGAAAGCCACACAGAUGAAAAUUAUCUGUUUAAACAACCGUAGUUAA